AUGGCCGACACAGAAGUCGAGCGGAAACCUCGCAAGAGUGUUGCUUUCGCUGAUGGCGAAACAAUUGUCGACGAAAACGGCGAAGUCACAGAAACCAACGGCACCCACGAUGGCGCAGACGGCGACGAUAAGCAAGUGGACGAAAUGACAGACAUGUUCGCAGGUCUGGCGAAGAAAAAGAAGAAGAAGCCGAAGAAGGAAGAUGAAGAAGGUGGAGAGGACGGCGAGAAAGCAGAGGGCGAUGGCGAACUAGACCUGAGUGCCCUCAAGAAGAAAAAGAAGAAGAAGCCCAAGGCGCCCGAAGACGACUUCGAAGCCAAGCUCGCUGAAGCAGGAGCAGGCGAAGAAGGCGCAGAGACUGAAGAGCCAGAAGCAGCCACAGCAGAGACUGGUCUCCAAGACGGUGACCUCAAGGAGGGCACAGGCGUCUGGUCCCACGACAGCACGGCGUCCAUUAACUACGAAAGUCUUCUCCACCGCUUCUUUACACUCCUCCACGACAGCCAUCCGGAUCUUGCAUCGAGUGGCGGCAAAAGCUACAAGAUUCCGCCUCCUCAGUGCCUGCGUGAAGGCAACAAGAAAACGAUUUUUGCGAAUAUUGCGGAGAUUUGCAAGAGGAUGAAGAGGACGGAUGAGCAUGUGACGCAGUUUCUGUUUGCUGAGUUGGGUACGAGUGGGUCGGUGGACGGUAGCAGACGGUUGGUGAUCAAGGGUCGAUUCCAGCAGAAGCAAAUUGAGAACGUGUUGAGGAGAUAUAUUGUGGAAUACGUGACAUGCAAGACAUGCCGCUCCCCCGACACCGAGCUCAACAAGGGAGAGAAUCGUCUCUACUUCGUCACAUGCAACUCCUGCGGUUCUCGACGAUCCGUCACGGCUAUCAAGACUGGUUUCUCUGCACAGGUCGGCAAGCGUAAGAGACAGCAAGGUUAG